CAAAUAAAAGCACUUGCUCUGUGAAAAUAUGUAAUGAUCCAUAAAGUGUCAAAAAUUUAAAGGUUGGAUAACACAUUAAACUGUUAUAAAAUUGGCACUUAGCUUAUGUAAAAUAUCCAUGAUAAUCAUAUAUCAACUAAUAAGUUGAUGAAAUUCAGUGUUCAGUUUACCAGUUUAAUCAUAUUAUUUUGUAUUUUAAUUACAAUCAGGAUAUGUCAAUGGAUAAUAAUCAUACCUGCUUGCACCUCUAUUGUUGCUACAGCAUUAGUUGGUAUUGGGUUGCUCUAUGUUGAUGCCUCCAUCAUGCUAAUGCUAAAAGGCUCCGCUAUUAUAUUUACCGGGGUGUUUUCGCAUGUGUUUCUGAAUAGAAAACUGAAAGUUUCGAAUCGGAUUGGUAUAGCUGUUGUCAUUGUCGGUCUUGUGCUAGCUGGUUGUUCAAGUGUGUUCAAAAAUCAAGACCACAAAACAAACGGUGGUAAAGCAACAACAGGUGUCAUGUUAAUCGUUAGCUCUCAAAUAUUGUCAGGAGGUCAAUUCACACUAGAGGAAGCUUUGUUAAAAUCGAGGAAUCUACACCCUUUACAUUACGUUGGAUUGAGAGGCGUAUAUGGAUUGGCUAUAAUGACACUUAUAAUAUUACCUGCUGUGUACUUCAUACCAGGGGGUAAUACAGAUGGUAGAUUUGAGAACAGUAUUGAUGCCUUGUAUCAAAUCACAAACAGUACUAAGCUUUUGUCGUUUUGUCUUCUGUAUCUUAUAGCUGUGGCUAUUUAUAACAUCACUUCUAUAGCUGUGAUGAGGUCACUUUCUGCUGUUCAUAAAACGUUGAUAGAUGCUUGCAGGACAAUAAUGGUAUGGGCAGCGGGUAUGACUAUUUACUAUGGUUUUGAUAAGAAUUUUGGGGAACCCUUUGAUAAAUACUAUGGAAUACUUCAAAUCGAUGGCUUCCUCUUCCUGGUGAUCGGAACAUUAAUAUACAAGAAUGUUUUAGAACUAAGAAACUUUGUUCCUUGUCGGAGAAUAUCAAGAGAGAGGAAUUCAAAAAUCAACAAAAGCAAUAACGGAUGUGUAGAAAGUCUAUUGAAUUCUGGCAAUAACUGUUGUGAUGAAAGUCGUCCGUUUCUGACAGAAAAAAGGCUGAGCUAGCACUGUUCAAAUAAAAUUAAAUAUAGAGCAAUGUAAAUUGUUAGGGUGAAUAAAUCUCAAACAACUUUUGUAAGUGGUCACUUUUGUUUAUCGUUGUUUUUUUUUUUUGCACAAUAAAUGAACGUCGAAGAGUGAUACUAUAAACAAAGUCGAAUUACAUGUAUAAUUAUCGAUUUAUGGUAAAAUCUAGUCAAAUUCAUAAGAUAAUCUCAGCAAAGGAUUACGGCUGCACUUGCAGUUUGAGUUCCUCGUGCAAAUUGUGCUGUAAGCUAAAUUUGUGGAUGACUGUUUUAUACAAAAAGAUUUAAAAUGGCACGAAUGACCCAAGCUGAACGUGGUAAUGGCAGUUGGUAUGGUAGAAGCUUGAUAGUCUUUAAGACAGGUGUGUUACCACAUUUAAAGAUGUUAAUCAAAACUACAAAUUAUUAAAAAUUGAAUAGGUCGUAUGAAACACUGGAACAGGUUUCUUAACCUGGGCAAGUCAGGGACAGUCAGGGACAGGUAAAGGCGGCCGAAGAUUGACGUAACAACAAUUCAUCAGGAUAAUGAUAUAAUCCAGGUAACCUCAGAGGCCACGGCAGACAUGGACGUCCUGUGGGCCUAACAGACAGUCCGAAAACGUCUUAGCGGGACCCGAAUUCUCUGUAGAAGAAUGCAGAAAUACAUUGCCAAGCUCGAAAGAGAUGGGAGAGUUAGAUUUUACCGCCACCUUGGGGAGCGUUACGG